UCAAAAUGGGCCGUGGAAACUCCUUUUGCACCACACAACACAAAUGUGCUAGAAAUCUCUACAGACAUGAAAUGCAAAAGGUUUGGUUCUGUUAACGCAAUGCUAAAAUGCAUACAAGAUAUCGUUCGGUACUAGUAAAGACUAACGUAGAGAAUUCAGCAAUAUAAACAGGAAGACUACCAUGCAAGUUCUACCGUUUUAAAAUGUGACUACGAGCUGGGUGGCGCUGUCCCGAAUGCGGCGUGCUGAUCGCUUAAAAGCCGGAAGUGCAGCGCGGUGCCGCCUCAGCGAGAGCGUGCGCUUUGCAGGGCACGUUUGAACCCGUGUGGACUCUGGGGUACAGAGGUAGGGAGAGCCAGUCCUUCAGCAUGGGAGAAGUGUUGUGAGGAGGAUUUCGUCUCCCAGGGCCGCUUCUCAAUCCGGAUUGGUCAGCUCGGAAGAAGCGAAGUGACAUCAUUGGCCUAUUUUUGUCCCCAUUGCAACUCCACCCCCCCCAAAACGGCAUCUUUUGUUUUAUUUCUGCUAUUUGUAGUUGCAACUGAAGAGUGGUACAUUACCAGAGAAAACAAAAAUACUGUGUUCAUAUUGCAUGCUGGUUGCAUGAUACAAGUGCAAUAUACACACAAGUUUGUGUGACUCACCCCCCCCCCCCCCUAUGGGGGUUUUGGAGGCCUGCUCCUGACUGUACCCUGGUGUUAAUUGUUCCCCCCCUCCCCCUGAACUGACCCCCCUCUUCAGUCUGAUGUCAAAAUGUCCCGACAGAGUACUGUCACCGCAGCCUUGGCAACCGUUCUGGGCGCCGCGGUGGGAGGGCUGUUGCUAUGGCGAGCCGUGAGGGCCCAGCGGAAGCUCCUCGAGCUCGCCCGCGGCGAACCCAAACCCAAACCCAAACCCAAACCGCUCCAGGCCGACCCGCCUCAGCCGAGCCCGGCAGGGGCCGUCGAAACCGAAACAGAAACGGAAACGGAAGCCGAGGCCGUCCAGCCACCGACCUCCCAGUUGCCCCUGACGACGCCGACGACCCCCCCUACGCCGGUCACCCCCCCACAGCCGGUGCCCCCCGUGGAGCAGCUGCUGCAGGCCCGGCCGGCCGUGGUGAGCUCCGAGGAGGACUGGGAGCGGCUGUGGCCCUCCCUGGAGGAGGAGCUGGCCGUCUACCCCGUCCUGGGCCUGGACUGUGAAUGGGUAAAGGCCCCGUAUGUGUCAGUGAAGGGGAAGGCCGGCUCCGUGUCCCUGCUCCAGAUGGCCUCGUACACGGGCCUGUGCGCCCUGGUGCGCCUGCCCCGGUUCCGGGUGUCCGGGCGGCCCCUGCCCGACUCCCUGCUGGGCGUGCUGCGUGACCCGCGCGUGCUGAAGGUGGGCGUGGGCUGCUACGAGGACGGCAAGCGCCUCACCCGCGACUACGGCCUGGCGCUGGGCUGCACCGUCGACCUGCGAUACCUCGCCCUCCGCCAGAGGCGAGCCGUGUUGAACAACGGUCUGAGUCUGAAGUCCUUGGCAGCGGAUCUGCUCAACGUCCCUCUGGACAAGUCUCUGGAGCUGCGCUGUAGCGACUGGGAGGCGGAUCGGCUGACUUCCGCACAGGUGAGCUACGCUGCCCGGGACGCCCAGGUGUCUGUCGCCAUCUUCUUCCACCUCCUGGGCCUGAACUCCGUCCCCGCCCCGGCCCCCGACGGCCCCGACGCCGGGGCCCGGUUCUCGCUGCUGUCGUCCCGGUGCCAGGGGCUGGUGGACGUGCCCUUCCGCGGGCGAGGCCCGCUGGGCGAGGGGGACGGGCGGGUUCUGGACGGGGAGAGGAGACGCCGCAACCGGAAAACCGGGUCGGAGAGCUCCGGCUCCGGGGACCAGCAGGUGCCGGACCCCCGCAAGAACCGACGCAAGCCCCUCGGGUCCGGAUAUUCCGCCAGGAAGUCUCCGCUCUAUGACAACUGCUUCCUCUAUGCCCCGGACGGCCAGCCCCUCUGCACCUGUGACAAGAAAAAAGCCAAGUGGUACCUGGACAAGGACAUUGGAGAGCUGCUUAGUGAGGACCCUUUCAUUGUGAAGCUGAAGUUUGAGCCGUCAGGCCGGCCAGACUCCCAGCAGGACUACUACCUCACCGCCAAAGAGAACCUUUGUGUGGUGUGUGGCAAGACCGACUCGUACAUCAGGAAGAACAUCGUCCCUCACGAGUACCGGCGCCACUUCCCGGCGGAGAUGAAGGACCACAACUCCCACGACAUCCUGCUGCUGUGCACGGCCUGCCACGGGGCCUCCAACGUGCACGACGGGCAGCUGAAGCAGGCGCUGGCGGAGGAGCACGGCGCCCCCCUGGGGUGCGAGGAGGGAGUGCGCGUGCUGGAGGACUCGGACCGCCGCCGCGUCCGCUCCGCCGCCCGCGCGCUCGUCACCGCCGGCGACGGCCUCCCGCCGUCCCGCCGCCAGGAGCUCCGCAGCGUGGUGCGCUCCUUCUUCAGCGAGGAGGAUGAGGAGGAGGAUGAGGAGGAGGGGGAGGGGCGGGGGAGAGAGGGUGAGGAGCGCGAGGUCACCGCGGAGAUGCUGGAGACGGCCGCCGGGCUGGAGACCAGGGUCUUCAACGAGAGCUACGUGCCCCACGGGCUGAAGGUGGUGCAGGUGUACUCCCAGCGGGGCCUCCGGGGCCUGAUGGAGCUGGAGACGCGCUGGCGACAGCACUUCCUGUCCACCAUGCGCCCGCGCCACCUGCACCCACUGUGGUCGGUCAACCACAACCACGCCAAGUUCCUGCGCAAGUACGGGGAGGACCUGCCCGUCCUGGUCACCUGACCCGGCCCCGUGCCUGCCCUGGAGAACGGGGAGGAGCGGGGACGUUUCUGCGCACUCCCGGCCCAAACCGGUCGGGCUAGGCCGUCUUCACCCUCCCCCGCUGGCUCUGCCCAUGCGGUCACCAUAGAGACACGACUAGGCCUGUCCGUCAAACCUGGAAGAAGGGGCAGAGUCUGAAACGCAAACCUUUCCUUUGCGGAGACGAGCGACCACGGUGGUUUCGGGACACAACUCUCAAAGCAACGAUGCAGUACGAUGGUGGAGGUUCAAACGCUGCUGCAAGUGCAUACUUUUUAAAGAAAACGUGUAUAAAAAAACAAAAAAAAAACAAACACAAGAAAUUCCACUAAUUUAAUUGGAUAAACUACAUUUUAGAAAGUUUUUGCUCAAACCUGCUCUUAAUUUUUUGUUUUCCUUUUCGAAUAUUAAUAAACCUGCAGGUUUUGUAGCCUUAAUAUAUUUUUCCAUGUGUUCUGAAGCGUGAAAAAAAUCAAUACUUGCUUUUCAGAGCUAUAAUAUGGUGUAAUUUCAUGCCCUUUUCAUGCGGUGGGUGACCUCUAUUUUGACCUGUAGUCUGCCUUUUGCGAUGGGUCUGACGAUGGGCCUAAAAGUGAGUUUUCUCGCUCGAUUGAUGACACGAGGGUCUACAGGUGACUUAUCGCAGUCGGUUCGUGGCACCAGUGAUCCCGUCUCUGGUUCCUAUUGGACGGAAAUGUUGAGCACAGUGGACAGGGGGGUCGCUGGGGGGUGACCCCUGGUCCCGUCUCGGCUCUCCAGUCAGGUCGGCACGGUAACCCGCGUUGCCUCGUUCCGGCAAGUCGAUAUCUUGCGACGGAACGGUCUCGCCAGAACGGUCCACUUCUAUAAGAAACCCGGCUGCUAAUCGAUACACACUAAUGCUUUGGACACUAAAAACUGCAGUGCCAACCUUUCCCUUUUUUUGUGUCUGUAACCUGAGACUGUGACUAGAGCUUACUUUGUAAUUGAAAACCUGACCCAAGCACGCAGAACGCAUCCCUUAUGAGCUCUGAACUAGAAACUGGCAUCUUUUUGGUUUUAUGUACAUUUGUCCAGAUGUAACCCUCUCCAAAAGCUGCUUUGUUUCCUUAAAUUGUAAAUAAAAUAUUAAAGAUCAUAUUUGUAUA